AUUAAUAUCCACGAUUUAGGAAUUACCUCUCCACGAAUUGAAGACAAUCGAACGUUCCCAGUUUCCCGCGUUUUUACAGAAACGAUAAAUUAACGAAUUCCCGGGGGAAAUUCGUGCACUCGCGGAACAAUGUUCGAAAAAUGAAUUUAAAAAGACAAAGUGUAUGUUGCGUGUGUGUUGUGCGCGUGCAAGUGCGAUGAAACGUGUGUUGGUAAUGGCGCUCCCUGCUAGUUUACUGCCAAUUACAAAGUGCGUCACGUUAAUCGAAAAAUUAUGAACGACAGGAAUUUCGAUACGCGCGGCAUCGUGAGUGCAAAAUACAGAGCGAUUGGUAUCAUUUGAUUGUAUUGGUAUCGAUGAUUAUGCACGUAUUGUUAUCGCGUACACGCGACGCUGUGUAUACACGUCUACGUGGUGUUUCAAUUCUACGUGGCAAUAUUCGUCAGUAGUGAUUAUCACCUACCUCCGUUCGUACCACUAUGUAGGCAUAAGAAUAAAGUCUGUUUUCAUGUGUGUUUCACUAUAAGCACACUUUAACCAGGAUUAUCAACAAGGAAUGCAACGAAAGAGGAAAAAAUUGGGAACAAUGAGAGCUGUAAUACUUGUUGGUGGCUAUGGAACCAGAUUGAGACCUCUUACAUUGAGCCGGCCGAAACCAUUGGUUGAAUUUGCCAAUAAACCAAUGCUUCUGCAUCAGAUAGAGGCUUUGGUAGCAACAAAUGUGACAGAAGUAAUACUAGCGGUAUCUUACCGCGCUGAGGAAAUGGAAAGAGAUUUGAGCGAAGAAGUUAAGAGGUUGGGAGUACGUUUGAUCUUCUCACAUGAGCCUGAACCACUUGGCACCGCAGGACCACUUGCAUUGGUACAUGAUCUGUUAUGUUCAGGGGAUGAACCAUUUUUUGUUUUGAACUCGGACAUUAUCUGCGACUUUCCGUUUAUGCAACUUUUGGAUUUUCAUAAGAACCAUGGCAGGGAGGGCACUAUAAUUGUAACUAAAGUGGAAGAACCGUCAAAGUAUGGCGUGGUAGUUUACGGAGACGAUGGGAAAAUAGAGGACUUUGUAGAAAAGCCGCAGGAAUUCAUUUCUAACAAAAUAAAUGCAGGGAUGUACAUUUUUAAUCCAAGUAUCCUAAAAAGAAUAGAAUUGAAACCUACGAGUAUAGAGAAAGAAAUUUUCCCACACAUGGCUCGGGAUGGAGAACUAUACGCAAUGGAGCUGACAGGAUUUUGGAUGGAUGUUGGACAACCAAAAGAUUUUCUCAAAGGGAUGAGUAUGUACCUGACAUCUUUGAGACAAAAGUCUCCAGAGAAGUUGUAUUCUGGUCCAGGAGUAGUAGGAAAUGUCUUAAUAGAUGAAACGGCAAAGAUUGGAAAGGAUUGUAGAAUAGGACCCAAUGUCACAAUUGGUCCUGGUGUUGUUUUAUCUGAUGGUUGUUGCAUUAAAAGAAGCACUAUUCUUAAAGCAGCUGUAAUAAAAGAGCAUGCAUGGUUGGAUGGGUGCAUCGUAGGCUGGAGAAGCGUUGUCGGACGUUGGGUAAGAAUGGAAGGUACUACAGUACUUGGUGAAGAUGUAAUUGUUAAGGAUGAAUUAUAUAUUAAUGGAGGUCAAGUUUUACCUCACAAGAACAUUUCCAGUUCUGUGCCGGAACCGCAAAUAAUCAUGUGACCAAGAAAAAUACUUUAAAAAGCCAGCAUAACGAGCGUAAUGAGCGACCAAACUAUGAAACGUUUUAUAAAUAAAAUUUUUUACUAGCUUUUUUAAUUAUACAUACAAACUGAUGUUCAAUGUAGAUUCAUUUGCAGCAUUCUUUUUUUUUUUAUAUUUACAAUUCAAAUGAGUUUUACUGGUAGUCCUCGUACUACUAUUGCAGCCGCGGUCAUAUACUGAGAACAGAUAUCUUUAGAUUUUGCUACUGCUCUCAACAUCUCAGGUUCUACGGGCACGUUUUGUGAAAAUUGACGAGUUUUUAAAAAUUCUAAUUAUCAAAAAUUAAAAGAAAGACAAAUUAUAAAAUAAUAAACAUAAUCUAAAAAGAUA